AUGGAGCUAAUGUUUUACGGCGCCCAUCGUAUGCUACAUGAGAUCAACUUUUUGUGGGCCAGUCAUCAGUAUCAUCACAGCUCCAGACAGUUUAAUUUGGGUACAGCUCUCAGACUGUCAUGGUUUGAGCUAAACAUUGUUUAUUAUUAUACAUCACUGUUGGCUAUUGCAAUACCGCCGCCAAUUAUGAUAAGCCACAUGCAAUACAUGUUCCUAUACCAGGCCUGGUUACAUACGGAAACUAUUGGCAAACUGGGAUUUUUUGUUGAAUUUAUAUUUAACACUCCCAGCCAUCAUAGGGUACAUCACGUAUUUGACCGUCUAUUUGGUACCUAUGCCGAUGAACUGGAACCGCCGGUCUACGGUAUAACCACCCGUGUCAGUGGUCACCAAAUAAUUGGCCAACAAUUAUACUACUAUCUGCACAUUGGUCGCAAAAUUCAUAGAUACCGUCGAUUGAGGCACAAAUUGUUGGCCAUAUUUGCCGGACCUGGCUGGCGUCCCGGUGCUCCACGACUAGGAUUUCGUAAUGAUGACAUACCCGAUGUUAUUGGUGUUGGUCCCAAACCUGGCCAAUUGGCUAACAUUGAUAGUAGUAGUAGUACCGGUGCCGAGGCUGACAACAUUGACCGACUAGACCUACCCCUAUGGCAGGUCAUGUAUACAUCGUUUACAUGUGUGAUAACCGUAAUUGGUUUCUAUAUGUUUGCCAAUCAUUCACUAGUGUUUUUGGGGUCUCAGCACUUGAGCACCAAUCGUAUCGCUUCGUAUUGUCGUCAAGCAUACAAUAGCCAAUCACAGCUCAGUGUUGUCAACGGUUUUACUGUUGUCAACCUGAGCUGA